GCUUGCCUUCUAACAAAGAAAUUCUCCAUGGACUCCCAAAAAUCAACAACUUACCAAAUUCCCCUUUCUGAAUCAAUGGAUUCAAAUUUGUACAAAUAUGUAAGCUCAGGAGAUUACAAUCAUUUCGUCUCUCUAAUCGACGUCGAUCCUUCUCUUCUUCACCAGACGACGGUCUCGAAGAACACCAUCCUUCAUGUUGCAGCCAUCUUCAACAAGAAGAACAUUGCCCAAGAAAUCACACGGCGGUGGCCUUCGAUUUUGUACACUACGAAUUCGAAAGACGACACGGCACUGCAUCUAGCAGCGAGGCUUGGGAGCUUCCAAGUAGUGGAGCAUCUUAUCGAGUGUGCGAUGAAGGAGAAGGAGGAUCAUGAUUAUGGCAAUGGAGAUCUGGAAGCAGUUGGUCGGAAUAAGGAAUUGAUGACGAUGGUGAAUUUGGAGAAAGACACGGUGCUUCACGACGCCAUAAGGAACGGCCACCGUGAGAUUGCGAAGCUUCUAGUGAAGAAAUGCCCCGCAUUGGCUGCAUACGCCAACAGAGAAGGAGAUUCGCCGCUGUUUUUGGCGGCGGAGAAGGAUUAUUUGGAGGUUGCAGGAAUGAUUUUGAGUGUGAAUUCGAAUUGCUUGUACGGCGGAAGAGAUGGCGCCAAUGCGCUUCAUGCCAUUAUCAUUCGCACACUCAAACGGUACACCCGGAGUUUACUCGAGACGCCAAUUCGAGUGUAUUUGGCUUCUCCAGUUUUGUAUGCAAAUAAUUUCCUUCCAAAACUGUUGGAGCUGCCUUACUGGGAAAGAAAAAUUACUUACAAACUAAGCCCUCCUCGGAAAGAUCUUAUUCGGGAGCUGUUGAACAAGUGCUCAAACAUUCUAGUAGAACCCGACAACCAUGGCUGGCUUCCUCUUCACUAUGCGGCCAACCUCGGCUCUAAGGAACUUGUUGAACUAAUACUAAACCACAAACCAUCCAUGGCUUACACCAAAGACAACAAUGGCAUCUCGGCCUUGCACUUAGCGGCCAAAGAAGGUUGCAUUUCCGUCCUCAAAACCUUCACUAAGCUCCGCCCCGAUAGCUGCGAGCUUACGGAUUUAAGGGAUCGAACAGCCCUCCAUUUCGCUGUUGCCAACCAUCAAGCCUACGCUGUUCGAAAGAUGUUGGAGUUUGGGAGCUUUCGAAACCUGGUGAACCAACGAGACAUUGAUGGGAAUACGCCUUUGCAUCUUGCUGCCAUUGUUGGGGACUUUGUUAUAGUCAUGAUGUUGGCUGCCAAUGAGAGAGUGGACAAGAAGAUUAUGAACAACGCUGGUUUCACUACAAAUGAUAUUAUUCGAUCGAGUCUCAAGUUUAGUUGGUAUGAAAAGUCUUACAGCGUAGCACGUUUGGAAUUCGAUGGAGCUCUACGAGGCAUACAACAAGCCCUUAACAGGAAACCCAUAACCAAUAAUCCAUUGCUUGAAGACGACGAACCAAAACCAAAUGUCACACAACAAGAAACAAAUGCAGCCAUUAUUAUCAACAAAGCAGCCAAUAGACAACUAAAGAAAUCUCAAAUAUGGAGCCAAGUGUCUGAUGCCAAUCUAGUCGUGGCGACGAUUAUUGCAACGGUAACCUUCAGUGCUGCCUUUCAAGUUCCCGGCGGAUACAACAACAAUGGUAUAGCGGUACUACGAAGGGCAAAACAAUUUAGAUUAUACAUGUUGUAUGAUGCUUUAUCUUUUGGGUUUGCUGCUGCGUCGAUGUUCAUCACGUUUUUUACGGGGUUGUUUGGGGUUGGUUCGGGGUUUAGUUACCCAAGAAGAUGGAUGACAUUCUUAACAGGGUUGUCUGUUUGGUUUAUGGUGUUUGCAUUCAUGAUGGGGACGAGUUUAGCUGUGGAUGAACACUCAAAGCGUGGAUGGGUGGCUCGUUAUGUGCCUUGUAUUUCCUUUAUUUCACCUGUGUUUUUAUUAGGAGUUUUGGCUGUCAAUUGGUUUACUUAUUUUCCUUGAUGAUGUGUGAGAGAUCAAGAUUAGGGGUUUUACUUGAUCUCUUUUGAAUAAAUGUAUUGUUACUUCUCUCCCAUAAUAUCUUGU